AUGCGGCUACUGCAUUUCAUGCUUUUGAUGCCGCUAUCGGCUCUCGCACAUCUCACGCCGAGUACAACUUCCGCCAAGAAGGGAUACACAAUUCGUCCUCGAUCACAGACAGCGAAAAAUGGCAACGCACUCUGGUCUCAAGAGCACACGAAGACGAAGACCAAGACCAAGACAAACGUCAAGACCAUAGUGACAGCGACAACCGGGCCGUAUCAAAAGGAUUGCGACCAUUGGCAUUCGGACCCUCAGGUCAGAGAAUGGGGCGGCAUUCCAAAGGUAGUAAAAGAUGCUCGACAAAUCGUCGACCUCGUUCUAUCGGUGCGCAAUGGCACGACCACAGAGGUCGGGCUGCUCGGACCUGAAGAUUUGUUGGCUCUGGAGUGGAGGUAUUUUGGCGUGCUCGAUGCUGAACGAAGGGAGUAUUUGGAUGGAAACUUUCAAAGGUUGCAGCAAGCAUGGGAUCGAACGACAUAUCGUUGCAGAAGUAGUAGUGAAGGGAUUUGCAAUAUGCCUGGUCCCACUGGGUGGGUGCUUUUGGACAUGCCGGAACCAGUCGUGAAUGUCUGCCCUUGGUGGUGGUCCGUACCUCCCACAUGGCGACAGAGUGUCGGCCAAAUGUUCCAAUACGAGAACGACUGGGGCGUCCUCCGCGAGGCAGGGCUCAUACAUGAGAUGCUACAUCUCAAGAUCGUUGGCGAAUCGAGAUCAAGUAAGUGCCAUUUUGUCUCUUGGUGGACCCCGAAUGCUUUGCUGACGUUGGAGCAGUCUUGGACCUUGUGGACAAAAUGUACUGCCCACCAGAACGCGGCAACAAUUGCCAAGUGUACGGACCCGAAAUGUGUCAAGGAGCAGUUCGCAAUGGCCUUGAUACAACCAUGA